AUGCAGGUGUUGGGAUUGUUGGUCUGCCUUGUCACCCUGGCCCUCGUACAUGGAACCUUUGGAGGCUUUGGAUUCGGAGGCUUUGGACCGUUUGGAGGAGGUGGCUAUGGAGCCGAUGAUGGCGACUUCUCGGAGGGUCGUCUCACCCAUCCAUCGUGGCCGAGCGUCUUCUUUUUCCUCAUACGCCCUCCCAGCCACCCCCGCCGUCCGUCGGCCUUUCACAGUUCCGUCCGCAUGCACGCAAAGAUCAAAAAGCCUUUCGCUUUCGACACGUUUUCGAGCUCUGUGCCACUUUGCUCUCUUUUCGUUGCACUGUCAGCCACAUUGCCUGACAAGACGGGACAUUUUUCCCUCUCACCCUCCCGUAUAAAUACCCCCAACCGGAGCGGACCACCUCACAGUCGAUCAUCUGCAAUUGGACCAGAGCAGCAGUCUUGGUUUCUCUGUGGCCAGUGCACUUCACUGCAUCAGUGCCUUUUCGUCUGCACACACAUCUUCAAGAUGAAUUACGUGUUGGGAUUGUUGGUUUGCCUUGUCACCCUGGCCCUCGUCCAUGGGACCUUCCUUGGAGGAUUCAGAGGCUUUGGACCGUAUGCAGGAUAUGGCUAUGGAGGAUUCUACCGACCUUACGGCGAAUACUUCGGCGGAUACGGACCUUACGGGCACGAGCACCACCACCACCACCAUUCCCACUUUGGCUACUUCCGCUGA